AUGGCUAAACGUGCAGAGCAUCUCCCGGCGAUGCCGCCCCAGGACCCUUCGUUACAGGUCCCAAGCGGUCUGCGGGUUGCUUACGCCAAGCAUCUUCUCGACAAACAUCUCCGCAGCCUGCGAUUUGAACUGAACGAUGGUGUCAGUCGCAAUGAGCCACUUCCAGCAAUAGGCCAUGCACCUUAUAAAGGACAUGAGAAUCCCUUGGAGCAUCUCACCGAGUACAACGGUCGUGUUGCCAUCGUCGGUGCUGGCGCCACGGGCUUGUAUCUCGCCAUGAUGCUCAAGUACCUCAAGAUCUCCAAUGUGGAUAUUUACGAGGCUUCGAACAGGAUUGGUGGUCGGGUCUAUACGUAUCCUUUCGAGAAGGAAAAUGCAUCUCCUCAUAACUACUACGACAUUGGGGCCAUGCGUAUCCCGGAGAUUGACGCAAUGCAAUCGACACUUACCCUCAUCGAAGAGCUGAAUCUUCCGAAAACGAAGUACGUUCUUGAUGCUAAGUGCGAGCCCCAGAUGCAUUGGUACUCCAAUACCGAAUCGCCAGACGGUACACCAUAUGAUGAUCGAAUGAACAAGAUCAUCCAGAGUAUUGGGUCAAACUGGGACGAGAGGUUUGCGGAAUGGAUCGAGACUGGCAAGGAUAACCAUUCUACCAGAGGAUGGCUCAUGUUCACCGACCCAAACUGGACUUAUGACCAGACGGAAGAAGCCGAGUCCGCCUCUACGUCUACCGGUCUAUUCGAACAGUCCUUCGUUGAAUCCCUAUGUGAUUUUAGCGAUUUUCAGGCCACGGCUGGUAAGCCUUGGUGGCGUCUUGAAGGCGGCAUGACAGUCGUCACCGAGAAGAUGAACAAAUGCAUCGAAGAUCCUGAUUGGGUUCCACACAACCCUGUCUCUCUCAAAGUCACCAAAAAUACGCCUGUCGUAGCUAUGACAGAGAAUUAUCAGGAGAAUAAGAUCGAGGUUACUAUCAAUGGAGCUGAGGGCACCAAGACAGAGUCAUAUGACAUGGUCUUCAACACCACCGCCAUGGGUCCCCUCCAGCGCAUGGACAUCUCGGGUCUUGUCCCCGGUUUCGGUCUUCCUCAGACUCAGAGAAACAUUCUCACAGGUAUCCGAGCUCUGAGCUAUGAUCGAUCCUGCAAGGUCGCAGUCAAGUUCAAGAGCCGUUGGUGGAAGAACAUGUACAAGGCUUCCAAGAACGGUAGCACUUUCGGCGGCGUGUCGGGCUCUGAUCUACCAAGCAGCAACAUUGUCUACCCAUCCUGGGAUGACGGAGAUGAGAACUCUGCUGUGCUUAUGACGUCUUAUACAUGGGCUCAGGAUGCUACCCGAAUGGGGUCCCUGAUUCCUGACUACACGAAGCAGAAGCCGCAUAUUGACGAUGCUGUCGUUACUCAGUGCUUCCAAGAUCUCGUUAAGCUCUGGGGACAGAGUGAGGACCCCAAGAUUACCGUCGAGUUUCUCAGAGACCAGUAUCUCGAGCACCACGCUUUCGCCUGGUCUCACGAUCCCUACACCGGCGGCGCCUUCGCUCUUUUCGGCCCCGGUCAAUUCAGCUUUAUCUACCCCGAGUUCCAGCAGCUCCUCUGUGAUGGAAAGUUCGCCAUCUGCGGCGAGGCUCUUAGUCCUCAUCACGCGUGGAUCUCUGGAUCCUUGGAUAGCGGAUACCUUACCAUGCUGCGAUGGCUAGUCCAUCUCGACGAUAACGAUAGAGCUGAUGCAUUGAAAAAGGCAUGGUUUGGACGUGGAAAGGGUGAACACACUGCUGAGUAUGAUGGGAAGUUGAUGAGAUGGACUGUUGAGCUGGGUCAGCAGGCGGCUAGGAAGACUCGGAAGAAGCACCACUGA